AUGGCUUCUUCACUGAGCUUUUCUACUUCAUAUUCUUUCUCUAGACCAGACCUCGACCUUUCCAAAUGGAUCAGUAGUUUGAAGAAAACCAUGGAAGACGACGACGAAGAAACCAACGAUACCGACGUCUGUAUCUUCACUGUACCCAAAACCCUACUCGACACCGACCCAGAUUCCUACAUCCCUGAACAAGUCGCCUUUGGUCCGUUCCACCAGUUGAGCCAGCAAGUCUACGAUAUGCAGAAAUACAAGCUCGCGGCUGCGAGAAAGGUCCAGAAACGAAGGAACGUCAAGUUUCAAGUGAUCGUGGAGGCGAUGAUGAAAAAAGAUGAGGCCAGAAUCCGAGCUUGCUACCAUAAGUUUCUGGAUAUGGAUGGCCACAACCUCGCCUGGAUGAUGGCUGUGGAUAUGGCGUUUUUGCUCGAGUUUCUUCAGGUUUACUACAUGAGGGAAGAAGGCGGCGGCCGGAGUAUGGAUAUUAGUUCGAGAUUGGCGAGUGUGGUUGAUAUUUCCGGGAAGAAACUAUCUCACGUGGCGAUUCUCCGGGACGUGGUGAAACUCGAGAAUCAAAUCCCAUUGUUUCUGAUCAAAACGAUGAUGGAGGAUGAUCGGACUUUCGAAAAACCAGCGGCGGAGACUCUCCGGAUCAUGCUGAUGGGGUUGUACCAUGAACUUUCUCCCUUCCAGUAUCAACAUCAGUCCCCUUGUGUUGACAUCGACGACUGUGAUCACCUACUAGACUUUCUGUACCACAUGACAGUGCCAAAUCAUAAGGAACUAGGGAUCCCCACGGACGUCCUUCAUACAACAAUCCCUGUUACUGACAUCGCAGGGGGUUCUAGAGAAAAAAAAGCUUUCGCGAAUCCAGGUCAUCUUAAACAGUUUCUUGAUUACAUUUGGAAGAUCAUCAAGAAGGCAAAAUGGCCUUUAAGCAAACCGAUGACACUCGUAACGAAAUUGCCAUGGAAUAUGUUAUCUAAGCUUCCCAUCGUCGAACAUUUAAAAGAACAUGCUGGAAAGAUGGUGGCAAAACUCCAUGGUGAAAAAAAGGAGAAGCAAGAGGAUGGAUUAAUCACCAACUCGAACCCGCCUGUAAUCGAAGAAAUCACGAUCCCUUCGGUCACAAAUAUGGCGAAAGCCGGGAUCUUUUUCUCACCCGUUCAUGGAACGAUCUCCGAAAUUCGUUUUGACGAGAAAACAAGCACCCUUUACCUCCCCGUCGUCCAUUUGGACGUGAACACGGAGGUGUACUUGAGAAACUUGGUUGCAUACGAAGCUUGUGUCGCAUCUGGACCGUUAAUCAUGGCUCGUUACACUGAGUUAAUGAACGGGAUUAUCGAUACCGAAGAAGAUGCACAGAUUUUGAUGGAUUGCAAGAUAGUUUAUAACCAUUUGAGGAGUGAAAAAGAGGUGGCAGAUUUGUGGAAUGGGAUGAGUAAGUGUGUGAAGAUGACCAAAGUUCCAUUUAUGGAUGAAGCUAUUGAAGGGGUUAACAAGAGGUAUGAUCGAACAUGGAGGGUGAAAUUGGGGAAGUUCAUGACCAAAUACGUGUUUGGAUCUUGGAAGUUUUUGACAUUGUUGGCUGCUGUGUUUUUGCUUUUAUUGUCGAUGGUUCAAGCCGUCUGUUCAGUUUAUAGCUGUGCUCGUGUGAUCCGACAGCUCCCCGAGCUCGAUCAACCGCCACAAUGA